ACUCCACUCCAUUCCCUAAUCUCAUUCGCAACUGUCCCUCUCUUUCUUUCUCAUCCUCUUCCUCUUUGUCACAAUUCACUUAUUACUGUCUCUGUCUUUCUCUUUCACUUCCUGCUUGGCCAUUAUGAAAUAAUUCUUCUCUUUUCUUUUCUGAAUUUGUGUACGCUUGAAGGGAACUACUGGUGGUGGGGAAUUGGUGGCUACAGCUAAUUAAUUAAGUGUUUGUUUCUUUAGUAGUAUUGAAUUUUUGUCGGGUUUAAUGGGUCUUACUUCAUUGCAAGUUUGCAUGGAUUCGGCUGAUUGGCUACAGGGCACGAUUCACGAGGAAACUGGAAUGGAUUCUUCGUCACCAUCUGGCGAUAUGCUCACAUGCUCGAGGCCUUUAAUAGAGAGAAGACUUAGGCCUCCACAUGACCAAGCUCUGAAAUGUCCAAGGUGUGAUUCUACACACACCAAAUUUUGUUACUACAACAACUACAGCCUUUCUCAGCCAAGGUACUUCUGCAAAACUUGCAGAAGGUAUUGGACCAAAGGUGGCACCUUAAGAAACAUCCCUGUAGGUGGUGGCUGUAGGAAAAACAAGAAAGUUAGUAAAAAAUCAUCAAACAGUAAUGACCAUCAUCACCAUCAAACCAUUAACCAUAACCCAUCAUCUUCUAAUCAUAAUCCUACCGAUCUUCACCUUUCAUUUCCUGAUCAGGUCCAAAUCUCUCAUCUUAAUAAUAUACUGACAAACCCUAAUUUCAUGGAUAGUAAGUAUAACAUUGGUUUGCUUGAUCAAAACCCUAACAGGCUGCCUAUUGAUUUUAUGGAGAGCAAGUUAGAAGCUAUAGUUGGAAGGAAUUACGAUUUCAUGGGGAAUAGUGAUUUGGGUUUGGUGAAUGGACUUGGAGAAAUUAGUCAUCAUCAAAAUUUCCACGGUCUUUGCUCUCCAUUUGGGAUGUCAGGACUUGAUGGGAACAAUAAUAACCAUGGAAAUGGAAAUUAUAUGGAGACAUGUCAAAGGUUAAUGAUUCCUUAUGAUCAUCAAGGAAAUGAAGAUGUGAAGCCUAAUGCAAAGCUUUUGUCCCUUGAAUGGCAAGACCAGGGUUGCUCAGAUAAUGGAAAAGAGACAUAUGGGUAUCUAAACAAUCUGGGAUCAUGGACUGGAAUGAUCAACGCUUAUGGAUCGUCCACGACGACCAAUCCACUGGUGUAGUAAUUAUCUAAUGGUCUGAAUAAUUAAUGAAUUAUUAAUUAAUUAAUUAGUACGCCUUUGAUGGAAAGGUUUUUUUCGUGCUUCUUUCUAUUACAAGGUGGUCUUUGUUAGAAAAAGGAAAAGAAACAGAGAGAAGAAAUGGUAUUGACUUGACAAGCAGCAGGAGCAGGAGCAAGAGGAAGAAGGGAAGGGAUGUUGGUUGUGUGAAUGAGAAGUUAAAAGGGUCCAAAAAUGACUGCCUUAGUAUCUUUCUGUUUGUUUUAUGUUCUUAUCUUGUUUCAUCUUUUGCCUAAUUUGGUGUCUUUGUUAUAAGACAUUCAAAGCUCUAGGAUUUUGUUGUUAUUUCGAGGAAGAUCUGGUAGUGCAUGUUUUUUUUUUUUUAGCUUAUUCCUAUAUAUAAUAUAUAUUUCUUAU